CACACAUUCUCUCACACACACUUUAGAGACACACACACCCACACACACACGUUUGGAGCAGCUGCGGGAUGCAUCUUCUGGCUCUUUUGUGGACGCUGGGCUUCCUGCUCAAAGAAGCAAACACAUGGGGCUUCAGGAACGGGAUAUUUCACAACUCCAUAUGGCUUGAACAAGCCGCAGGAGUUUACCACCGGGAGUCUCGCAAAGGCCGAUACCAGCUGACGUACAACGAGGCCAAAGCCGUGUGCCAAUACGAGGGCGGGUCUCUGGCCACUUACGAGCAGCUGGAGGCCGCCAGACAAAUAGGUUUCCACGUGUGCGCCGCCGGGUGGUUCGAUAAAGGCCGCGUGGGCUACCCCAUCGUCAGGGCGGGCGCCAACUGCGGCUUCGGAAAAGUCGGCAUCAUCAACUACGGCUACAGGUUCAACAAAAGCGAGAGAUGGGACGCGUACUGCUACAACCCCAGCUCCAAAGAGUGCGGCGGCGUUCUGACGGACCAGCAGAAGGUCAUCCAGUCUCCGGGGUUCCCCGAGGACUACCAGGACGAGCAGAUCUGCUACUGGCACAUCCGCGCGCGUCUGGGCCAGAGGAUCCUCCUGCACUUCGUGGAGUUCGACGUGGAGGACGACACGGCGUGCCUGGCCGACUACCUGGAAGUGUACGACAGCUACGACGACGUGUCCGGAUUCGCUGGCAGGUUUUGUGGCGAUUAUCUACCAGAAGACAUCAUCAGCACAGGAAACGUGAUGACGCUCAAGUUCCUGUCGGACGCGUCAAUCACCGCCGCCGGCUUCCAGCUGCAAUACUUUGCUCUGGACGCGUCUGCACUGUUGCAGAACUACACCGACUACUUCCACUGACCUCUUUCAAGACAUAUUAGUACUGACUACUUCCUGGUCGGGCCAAGACUUGACCUCCAUCUUUUCCCGCUAUAUUAAAAUAAAAUACCAGCCAAUUCUUGUCAACUGCAUAACUAUGAAUACAUAAA